GUGAUAAUGGGUGACAGGGCGUCUGCAGAACGAGCAUGUAAAGAUCCUAAUCCAAUCAUAGAUGGAAGAAAAGCCAACGUAAAUUUAGCAAUAUUAGGAGCCAAACCCCGAGGAAAUGUUCAAACUGGGUUUGUCCACAAAUGCCCAGCAAGUAUUUUUUGCUCAGAAAAGAGUGGUUAGAUGCAUGAUAGGAGUCAGUAGUAGGCAUUGUUGUAAGAAUAUUUUUAAGCGCCUUUACUUUA